CCACGACCACACACCUUCCGAUAUAUCUGCAUUCCCCUAGUUGACCCCCGGCCCUCUAUCGACGUCUGCCAACCGGCCGUCAACCGACCCUCGCCCCAAGCUAUCCAUAUUUUCCGGGCCCAGGGGAAGCAUACAGCAAGCGGCCAGUCGAAGAUGGCGGACCAACUGUUGGACCAAGUGAGGGAUCUGGUGGAGGGUCAAAUUGACUUCGAAGGACAGAAGCUAGCCGAGGCCUUAGCUACCGCCAUUCUCGUGGUCGUCGGGGGCGUGUCCUUCCUCACCGGCUUCUUCCUCCAAGAUAUCGCUCUAGCGCUGAAGAUCGGCCUCGGCGGCACGGCGCUCGCCUUCAUCUCGGUCGUUCCCCCAUGGCCCUUCUUCAAUAGACACCCCGUCAAGUGGCUUCCGGUUGGGGGGGCGCCAGCGAUUGCAAGUGUGCAACAGAACAUAGUGAUCGACGAGAAGCUUUUUGCAAAAUAAAGAAUCUUGUUCAGGCUCUCGCCUUGGCGCGAUUAGAGAUGCAUGUGUGGCUAUCGGUACCGGGUGAAGGGACGGCGACGAACUCUAGAGAUGAAAUACAUCGACCCCUAGAAUACACUCGAUUCUACACUGCUACCAUAAACAUGCUCGGCAUCUGUGACA